ACGUCGCAUAAACAACGACCGCCAUAGCUUGUCACGGCUGUUCGGAUUGAUGCAUGGAGAUUUAUCGCUCCUGUUGAACACUCCUGGCAGACCUGCACUGAGGAGUCAGACCUUUCACAGACGAGAUGAUCUACAUUAUAAUGGGAGUCUCUGGCUCUGGAAAAACAAGUUUAGGAACGUUUCUCUCUGAAAAGCUGGGCUGGCCUUUCUACGAGGGCGAUAACUUCCACCCUCAGGAGAACAUUGAGAAAAUGUCUCGAGGUGAACCGCUCACAGACCAGGACAGAUUCCCCUGGCUUCUCAAACUGUAUGAGAUUAUUGAGAGGGAAAGGUCUUCAGGCUGCGAUGCUCUGAUGGCGUGCUCGGCUCUGAAGCGUCAGUACAGGCAGGUUCUCCUCCACGGCUCCUCGGCCCUCGCUGCUGCUUCCUGUCCACACCAAAACAUCUCGCCUCCCACUCCUGCUGACAUAUUUUUCCUCUACCUGCACGGUGACUAUGAUUUCAUUUACCAGAGGAUGGUGGCCAGGAAGGGACAUUACAUGAAAGCAGACCUGCUGCGCUCUCAGUUUGACAUAUUGGAGCCUCCUUCAGACGAGGAGAACGUGCUGCCUCUGGACAUCAGGAAGAGCGUAGCUGAUUUGGCGCUGGAGGUGGAAAAUCACGUUCUCAGCCUGAAGAUGUCACCACGGCAGCGAGAUGAGAAGGCAGCUGUUUGACUUGUGGUCAUUUAACACAAUCGAUGCCCACUCUGACAGCUGUUCAUCAUCCAGAUGUUUACUGCAGUGCCUUGAAGAGAUCAGCUUUAAACCCAGACUUAGUGUUUUUGUACGUCAUACAUUUUUGCAGAUCCACUCUGCUCUAAAUGGAUUUUAAACAUCCAUAAGCUCCUCACGCUUUGCUUCCAAGUUGUCAGACUUGUAUUCUUCAAAAAUAGACUCGACCAGUAUUUCUUUCCAAAUGUUUCAAGUGUUUGUCCUACAGCAUGACAGCUUUUUGUGCAGU